AUGGAAUCUAAAAAGAAAGAAAAAUUAUUUGGUCACAAGAAAGUGCUACAGUCAUCUAAAUCAAACAGAGACGCAGUACCGUCCACAUCUAAAGAUGCAACACACGCGGUGGUUGUGAAUAAGGAACAUUCAAGGCAGUCGGAACCCUGUUAUAGAAAAUUCUUCAAAGGCCUUUACAACAAACAGGAAGGUACAGUGUGCGGAAGGACGUGCAAAAGCUGGAUAUACAUUGUGGCGUAUUCCGUUAUGUACAUUUUAUUCCUGAGUACUUACACAAUGGCGAUUUUAUACGCUACCCUCUCAGUGAUUAAAAUGAAUGGGGACUAUCAUGCCAUUGAAAAGACUGAACUUUUAACGUAUGCCGAUCAUGGAAUCGGGUUGUCUGCAACGCCAACGAGCGUGAGCAACUUACCGUUGAUUUGGUAUAAGAGCGGUGAUAAAAAUGACUAUCAGAAAUACAUUAAGGCCAUUGAUGAACUGCUUAUGGACAAGAAGAACUUAUCAAGUGUAGAAAAAUCCCAUUUAGGUCCUUGCGGCAGGCAACCUUAUGGUUACGGAGAUGAGCCUUGCAUUAUAAUAAGAGUGAACAAACAGCUUGGAUGGACAGUGAAGCCUGUAGAUACGAACUCGACGAACAUCCGAGAAGUUCCCGUACAGCUGAAACAGGUGUUGGAAUCAGAGAAAGGCAAACUGAUGAUGAACUGCGAUGGCUACCAUCAAUACGAUAAAGAACAUAUUGGGAAAAUCUCUUACUUCCCGGAUCCACCGGGUAUCGAUGCGGCAAUAUUUCCCCUGAACAUGGAAGACAGAUCUCCAUUACUUGCAAUGCAGAUCUCUGAUUUCACUCUUGGUAUAUCCAUAGCGGUUGAAUGCAAGCUAUGGUACGACGGUGGCACAUCAUCAGUAAAUUUUAUGCUCUACAUCACUCCAUCA